AAUCUUUUUUGCGACGGGAAGCCGUGUACCGGCCCAAGCACAAAAAUGGACUCCCUAAGUUGCUAGCUUGCUGUAUCCGUCGGAUUAUUGCGAUUUUAAUUUUACUGCCGCCAUAAAAAGAACUCAAGAUGAUGGAACUGUCCCACAGCCUCACCCUCAAUGAGGAGGUCCUGGCACAACUACCCGAAGUCAAGCGUCCAGUCUUUGUUUUUGAAUGGCUGCGUUUCCUGGACAAAGUGCUUGUGGCUGCGCAAAAGUCGGACAUCAAGCAGUGCCAGAAGCAGCUGGUCGAGCAACUUGUGCGGCAGAUGCGUGAGGGUUCGCCCGGUCCCCCAACACGUCGCAUGCUGGGUCGAUGCCUGGCAACCCUUUUCAGCGUUGGAGACACCUUCUUGCUGUUUGAUGCCGUCAACCAGUGCAACGACAUCCUGCGCAAUCGAGACGAUUCACCCAGCUAUUUGCCCGCUCGCCUGGCUGCCAUUACAAGCACGGGUACCAUGUAUGAGAAGUUGGGUCGAAUGAUGGGACGCAGCUAUGAAGACACGGUCCACAUUCUCCUCAAGUCGCUUAGAAACGCUGAGUCACAGUCCCGCUGCGAGACUAUGCACACCAUGGAGAAAAUGGUGGCCGGGAUGGGUGCAGCAGCCAGUCCCGUGCACAAGGACAUCUUCAAGGCGGUGCGCCACUGCAUGACUGACCGGGUCCUGGCCGUGCGCUGCGCUGCUGCCAAGUGCUUACUGGAGAUGGUGUGGCACGCCCCUUUCCUCUACACAAGUGAUCUGGAGACAGUGGCCUCCAUCUGUUUCCGGGCCUUCGAAGGCUCCAACUACGAGGUCCGCUGCACCGUAGCGAGGCUUCUGGGAACUGUGGUGGCCAUCACUCAGCAGGCCUCUCAGGCACAGGUUGGAAAGAACAGACUGGCCAGUUUGGAGGAGGUGCUGAACUUGCUGGCGUCCGGUUUCCUUCGUGGUGGCAUCGGUUUUCUCAAAGGCAGCGCUGGCGAGAUGAUCAAGGGCGGAUCGUCUGUGAGCCGCGAGAUACGAGUUGGAGUCACUCAUGCGUACGUGGUGCUGUUCCAGCGGUUGGGCGGCCUGUGGCUGGAACGACACCUGCCGGUCGUGCUGAGUCACCUGCUGGAGCUGGUGGGCCAUCCGCGUGCCGUGCAGACUCACGUAGAUGCCGUGUACAGCCGCAAGUGCGUCUCCUUUGCGCUUCGCUCAGUGCUCGGAAAGAUGCUCGGGGACAAGGCCCAGGCAGCGGCCUGCAAGGACCUCGUGCAAGUCAUUGUCAAGCACCUCAACUCGGAUGCUGUGCUGGACAGCAACAGCGGCAAGGACGGCCAGCAGGAGGUAGCGCUGAGUCAGCACAUCCUGGUCUGUGCUCUGCAAGAACUCGGCUGCCUGGUCGAGACCCUGGGCACCACUGCUGUCUCAACGCUCUCAGACUCUUCCAUAGGCCUGGUGGAGACUGUGGUGUCAGUGCUCAUCCACACGAGCCCAGCUGCACGCCUGGCAGCAGCGUGGUGCCUCCGGUGCAUCGCGACGGCCGUGCCCGCUCAGCUGACACCCCUGCUCGACCGCUGCCUCGACCAACUGGAGUCGCUGAAGUCCUCGCCAGACGCCAUCGCCGGCUAUUCGGCUGCACUUGCCGCUCUUCUGGGUGCAGCGCGUCACACGCCAUUGGGUCUGCCCCACAACAAGGGAAAGAUGAUCUUCAACUUGGCUGAAGACCUACUGCGAAGUGCUUCGCAGAACAGCCGACUAUCUCUGCAGCGAACGCAAGCUGGCUGGCUGAUGAUGGGCGCCGUCAUGACACUGGGCCCACCCGUAGUGCGAAGUCUGCUGCCACGGAUGCUGCUUCUGUGGAAGAACUGCUUCCCCCGCUCCACCAAGGAGCUCGAGUCCGAGAAAGUGCGGGGCGAUGCGUUCACCUGGCAGGUGACCCUCGAAGGGCGUUCGGGGGCACUGAGUUCCAUGGCAAGCUUCCUGAGACAUUGCAAGGAGCUGGCUUCUGACGACAUCGUGAGAAGAAUACUGUCUCCUGUUGAGUCAGCAUUGCUCAUGUUAUCCGGGCUUGGCCCUACCAUCAAGUCGUACGGCCAGCAUUUGAAAGCCAGCGCCGCCAUGGUGCGGCUGCGCCUCUACGAGACCAUGUCCUUGCUGCCAGCACAGUCAUACGAAAGCAGUUACAACAACCUUCUGCGACUGCUGGUGGCCGAGUUCACGUUGACAGAGAACCAGGCCAACACGACGACGUCGCUGCUGCGCAGCCUGUGCCACUCAGACGACAGCGUCAUCUUGGGCUCCUGGCUCCAGGAGACUGACCACAAGGCCAUUGAGGACCAGAUGGAACCCCACAGGAAGUCGGACAAGUCCUUUUUGCAGCCAAAUAGUGCUUCGGGAUCAGGGGCUUUGGAGCAUGACACCACUGCACUGUAUAGGUCGCUUAACAAGGGUGAUGCUCUGCCGGGCCCGCUUCCCCUGGGAGUGGCGGUGAUCGAUAUGUCGGUGGUCCUGUACGGGCUCGUGUUCCCCCAUGUGGCGUUCAAGCAUCGGCUGCAGAUGCUGGACCACUUCUCCGAGUGUGUGCGCCACAGCAAGGCCACCCGCCAGGAGGCCGUCCAGAUCAACAUCUUCACCGCACUGCUCAGCGCUCUCAAGGCGCUGGCUGAAGCAAAGACGUCGCUUGGAGGUGAAGACGUUCGCAAAGCAGCAGUUGGGCUUAUCCAUGGAGCUCUAAGCCACCCAAAUCCAAUCCUGCGCUGUGCUGCUGGUGAAGCCCUGGGCCGCAUGGCUCAGGUGGUCGGGGAUGGCCGCUUUGUGGCCGAAAUGGCUCAGGACAGCUUUGACAGGCUCAAGACUGCCCGGGACGCAGUGUCACGCACGGGGCACUCCCUGGCACUCGGCUGCCUGCACCGCUACGUCGGCGGCAUGGGCUCUGGGCAGCACCUCAACACUAGUGUCAGCAUCCUGCUUGCUUUGGCACAGGACAUGAAUGCACCUGUUGUUCAGGUCUGGGCAUUGCAUGCCCUGGGCCUGAUUGCGGACUCCGGAGGCCCCAUGUUCCGCAGCUACGUGGAGCCAACACUUUCUCUGGCACUCAAGCUACUGCUCAGCAUGCCACCCACUCAUGUCGACGUGCACCAGUGCAUUGGCAAGUGCCUCUCGGCUGUCAUCACUACAAUUGGACCUGAACUGCAAGGCAACACCAACUCCAUCAGCACAGCUCGGUCUUCACUGCUAGUCGCCUGCAGCAUCAUGCAGGACCACGGUGACGCCUUGGUGCAGACUGAAGCCAUUUCGUGCCUGCAGCAGCUGCACAUGUUUGCACCUCGACACGUCAACCUGUCGUCUCUUGUACCUGUGCUCUGUAGUGCCCUGAACUGUCCGCACCUGUUGCUGAGGAGGGCAGCUGUGGCAUGCCUGAGGCAGCUGUCUCAGCGGGAGGCCCGAGAAGUGUGCGAGCACGCCAGCUCCUGGGCGAAGGAGAAUGCCGCACUUAACGGUAAAGGUGGCUCCAACCAGCAGCAGCAGAAACAGCAGCGCCAACGUUGGGCAUGUGAGGGUGCGCCGCUGCCCUGGGAGGCUGAGCUGCCAGGCGUGCUGUUUGCGCUGCUUGACCGGGAGACGGACCCGCGACUGGUGUCCCACCUGCACGACUCGCUGACCAGCAUGCUGCAGGCUAUGCUGGACGACAGCCUUGGGCAGUGGCUGGGCCUCUGCAAGGAUGUCUUGACAGCUGCCGACACAUCGGCGUCCGCUGCCCCCGCUGCACCCGAAAGGGAAGUGGACGCGGAAGGCCUGGACGAGUUCGACGAUGACGAGGAGGCCAUCAAAGCGGGCGAGGAGCCAAUCUCGCAUCCCGCCGUUGGACCUCGAUGGCCCACCAAGGUGUUUGCGGCCGAGUCGCUGCACAAAAUCAUCACGCUCUGCGAGAACCAGAAGGCACACUUUGACCUUGGCUUGGCACGCGAGGAGCGCUCCCUCAAUCCAAAACAGGACUUCUUGGUGCUGCAUCUCUCCGACUUGGUUCGCAUGGCUUUUAUGGCUGCUACUUCGGACAGCGACCCCUUGCGCCUGGAAGGGUUGAAAACGCUGCAGCUUAUCAUCGACAAGUUCUCGGACGUGCCUGAACCAGAGUUUCCUGGUCACGUCAUUCUGGAGCAGUACCAGGCACAAGUUGGAGCAGCCCUGCGCCCUGCAUUCUCACCUGAGACACCGUCACAUGUCACAGCCAUGGCUUGUCAGGUGUGCAGUGCCUGGAUUGGCAGUGGUGUGGCUCGCGACCUGAACGACCUUCGACGAGUCCACCAGCUGCUGGUGUCAUCACUGACCAAGCUACAGAAGGGGGCCAACUCACUGCUGUACAAUGAGAGUGCUUCCACCCUCGAGAAACUGGCCAUCCUCAAGGCCUGGGCCGAGGUGUAUAUAGUGGCCAUGGAGAAAGAACACGAGAAAGCGGCACCAAGCAAGCGUGCCAGCGGCGAUUCAAGCGACCAGGAGGAUUGCGAUGCUGGUGAAGAUGAUACAGCAGGCAGGGAGUCCCUGCUCAAGCUGGUUUCCCCCGAGCUUCUCUGCCUGAGCCGUUACUGGCUGGCAGCACUCAAAGACCACGCUCUGCUGUCCCUGCCUGCAGAGUUCUCAAGCCAGUUGCCUCACGAUGGCGGAGCCUUCUACACCUCUGACACAGUAGAGUCUGCGAGACCACACUACCGGGACGCAUGGCCGCCGAUUCUGCAUGCCGCGUCGCUGUGGCUGACGCAAGGCGGUGGCUUUGAAGGUGGCCUGCACCAGGAGGCACCACCAGAUGGCCUUGGAACAGGAGGACUGCGCGGUGGAGAGUCGUUCCUGCACCUGUCUCGCAGCUCGCAAUCUCAGACACCCCAAGAGAUCAACCGUGAUUGGUUCUACCUGCUCUUUGGCAUCUGCAUGGAGGCCCUGUGUGGCCAGCGGGUGUCGGACACGCCCGAGUGUGUUCCUGUGUGCCUGCAAGCGUUGCACCAGCUGCUGAGUCAUCCCUUGCCAAGUGAAAUCCUGGGAAAGGAUCUGCAACUGUCUGUGGAGCUCUGCCACGUCCUGCACAGGAUGCUGCUUGCCAGAGACAGCGCCCAGUGCCAGCUGAUGGUUAUGAAGAUAGCCAAGCUCAUCGUGGCCGCCUGGCAAGAAUCGUACGACACUGAAAGGAAGCAGAAAUUGAGAGAGGUGGCGCCGGCGAAUCAAGAACCUCGAGGCCUGGCCGAGACGGUGCUGGCCACUGUGGGCGAAGGUGGUGAGAACGGUGAGCUGGUGGCCGGCCAGUCGGUGGUGCAUGCUCUGCUCGAGGUGUGCCUUUGCCUGCUGGUGCGGCAGCUGCCCCAACUGAGCCCGCAGCUGUCCUCGGCACUGCACGGCAUGCGGUACCGGGCGCAGGGGUCGCGGGCGCUCGACUCGGAGUCGGGCCAGCUCAUCGCCGCCGCUCUGGGAGUUGUCGCAGACCUGCCCCAGCUCUGCUCUCCUGCUGGAUGUAUGACGGUGGUGCCCACCAUCCUGUUCCUGCUGACAAGCGUGCUGAAGGAGGUGGCCAUCCAGCCCGGUCAGCCGGUCUCCACAGGGGGCCUGGUGGUCACCAUGGCGCCCGUCAACUCGGUCCUGCAGGGGCUCAAGGCUCUAGCUCUGCUGCCACUACACCAGAACACCGAGCACAGCAAGCAGUGGGUGGCCCUUUUGCGAAGCACCCUCUCCCGCAUCAUUGACUUCACCAAGACCAGUGAGGAAACAGGCAAACUGGACGACAUUUCCAUGCUGCUGGCCAUUGCCAUGUUUGUGCUGAAUGCACCCAAGGAGGUCGUUCAAGUGGCCAACCUCCAGUACCCUUGCAUCAACCUCUUCAAGCAUGGACUGCUCAAAGAGGACGUGGUCCGGCUUUGGUGUGUCCAGACCCUGCGGUCCAUCUUUCAACAUCAAGACCGAUCGGUUUCGACGCCGUACAUUCACAGCCUUGGACCGAGGGUCGUGGAAACGCUCCUUCACUGCGCAGACGAUCUCGGCAAUACCACGGAAAAUGAGCUGCGCCUGAACGUCGCGCUGGAGUGCCUCCAGACUCUGGAAACACUCCUGGCGGCUGCACCAGCUGACGGAAAGGCCCACAUGAUGCUGUUGUAUGUGCCCGUGCUGGUUAACUUGCUUCUGGACCCUGUGACCCAUAAAGCUGCCUCGGCCGCAAGGAGGAAGCUCCACCAGGCUGCUCUGGGACGGCUCACAAGAGUCGGACCCCAAUAUCCACAGGAGUUUCGGGCUGUCAUUGGCCGGUUGCCUCAGCUGAAAUCCAAGAUUGAGAGCGCAGUGCGGUCUAGCGGCAGAGACCCAGAGGGCGAGAGACCGGGCACUCCCAAGACAAUCCAAACCAACCAAAGUGCUCCCAGCAUCAAGCUGAAGACAGACUUCAGCAACUUCACUGGCUGAGUCAUGCCAACGCUACGCAUCACAGGUGUCCUCCAUCGGUGCAAGUGAAAGCAGCGGCAAACUAUCUCGUGCUACGGCAGUGCCAACAAAACCAACAAGAGCUGCGUUAUUUGUGGCUAGUCACAAAUGGGCAGCAGCGGCAACAUUGAAGAGUCCCAGUGGCACCCAAUCAGAGCCCCUCGCGAAGAGCACGGUUUUAAUGCCUAAGAGAAAAAAUCGCGUCUAGGCUUUUGAAGAUGACCACAAUCGUCUUUGUUCCUGGUGCACACCCCUUCACCACUUACUGUACCUAGAAUAACGUCUACACGUAAUUAACGUACGUUUGUCCGCUGGUCGGACACACAUUUGUGAGAUUUCUACACUUUGUGACGACAUUUUUCUAACCUUUCAGCCCUCCUUCUCAUUGUCGACGUCUCGUCCUCCGAAACGACCUCGUGAUUUUUGUUCAGACACUGCCUCUUUCAACUGUAAUAUGUGAUUACGAGUUUCUGCUGCUUAGCAGUUCUAGUUAGAUUUACGUAACCGAUACCUAACGCAGCUUUACUGUGUUUAGAUCCUUAUAGAUAACUAUAUUGCCAAUGUUCACUCUUACUAGGUGUUUUCCAAUUUCAUCCACGAUAGUGUUCCCCUUUCUGUUAUUAUUUUAAUUAUUUUAGAUUGUCUCUAGAAGAAACCAAACCACAGACAGGACGUUCUGUUUAGAGCUGCGCACAUUUUAUUGUCAUAAAUGUUGUCUCGAUUUAUUUGCAAUUAAUGCCACAGGCUAUUCCGUAGGAACUCUGGUGCUCAAAAGGCAUCGUAGCAUAUCUCACUGAACAACUGUUAUGUAAGAAAAAUGAAAUAAAUAUUAUGUCACAGAA